AUGAAAGUUCCUCCCCAUGCGAUAGCACACGUUUCGCUUUUGACAGGGGAUGGCGACACUGAUAGUGAACAUGUCCUUGUUCGAGACGGGCAUGUUCUGCGCGUAUUCGCUCCAAAAUGGCACAUCGUUGGUCAACAUAAGUCAGAGCAUGAGCUUGAAGUCGACCACUUUGUCGGCCUAAUCGAAAUUCUUAUCAGCAUUAUUGAUUUCGAGCGAAGCUCAACGGCUUUUUCGGUCCGUCGAAGGAAUGGACAUUGUCUGGUACCAACACCGUUACGACCCACAACUUUUAAACUUUGA